AUGGGCGGCGACGGCGAGCGAGCGCCCAACAAGAACGAGGUGAACCCGCUCAAGUACAUCGAGCAGCGGGUCGCCUCGGCGUUCCCGCAACUGGUCGGCCCCAAGUUCACCGCCAAAUACGCCACCGAGCCGAACGAGUACUUCCUCGAGAAUGAAGACGUGACCAUGCUCGCCUUCUCGGGCGACAACGUCAUCGGGUCCAUCAAGAUGCCCGGCACGCUGCCGCGCGGCAAGACCGUGUGCUUCACCAAGUUCCACAAGACCGCCAUCACGUCCAAGAACGUGCUAACGGACAUCAUGGUGAACGAGCUGACGCCCAGCAGCGUCGAGUACCUCGAGCGGAUGGUGGCCGAGGUGUACCUGCCGCUCUUCUCCAACGUGGCCAACCAGGAAGGCUGGGGCGAGGUGGCGUCCAAGGAGGUCGUGGACAAGUUCCACUCGUACAUGGCGUCCGUUUCCAUCAUCAGCGGUGCCACCAAGGGCGAGACGUGUCUGCCGCUGCCCCCGAUCGACGGCAACGCCACCAACCUAAGCAACAAGGUGUCGCUGCUGGAAGGGUCCAUCGUCAUCUGGACCAAGCAGAUCAAGAACGUGCUCAAGCAGGACCCGGAGGACCUCCUCAAGCAGGGGCUGCACCCGACGCCCGACGCCGAGAUCGAGUUCUGGAAGCUCAAGGCGGCCAACCUCAACUCCAUCUUCGACCAGCUCCAGUCCAAGAAGGUGCGCAAGAUCCUCACGGCGCUCGACCGGUCCAAGAGCACCUACUGCACCACGUUCGCGCGCCUGUGCAAGGAGGUCUUCACGGCGCGCAUCGAGGCCAACGACAACAUGAAGUACCUGCGCACGCUGGAGGAGUGGUUCAUCCGGCUCAACAACGACGAGGACUUCCCGGCGCUCACGGAGCUCUUCAAGCCCAUGCUCCACAUCAUCUUGCUCAUCUGGAAGAACUCCAAGCACUACAACACGCCCGCGCGGCUCGUCGUGCUCAUGCGCGAGAUCUGCAACUCGCUCAUCAACCAGGCGCGCAAGUACCUGAGCGGCGAGCUCAUCUUCGCGCUCAUUGACCAGGACGAGGCCGGCCAGGCCGUCGAGCAGCUAAAAACCACGCUGCAGGUGUGCUCGGCCUUCAAGAGCACCUACUUCGACUACAAGGCCACGGCCAACGCCGAGUGUCCGUCCAACCCGUGGCGUAUCCAGGGCAACGCGCUGUUCGUGCGGCUCGACAGCUUCCUGGAGCGCUGCCACGACAUCCUCGACCUCACGCAGACGAUCGUGCAGUUCAGCAAGCUGUCCAAGAUUGAGGUGGGCGGCACCAAGGGCAAGACGCUGACGCUGAGCGUCCAGCAGAUCCACGCCGACUUCACCGAAGCCGUCAACACAUUCAAAGGCGUGUCGCUCGACAUCAUGGACGUGGGGGGCGCCUCCAAGUUCGACGACAACUUCUACGACUUCCGCUGCAAGAUCAAGGAGCUCGAGCGUCGACUGGGAUCCGUGCUCACGCAGGGCUUCGACGACUGCUCCACCAUCUUCGGGCGCUUCAAGCUGCUCGACUCGUUCGAGGGGCUACUCAACCGCCCCAUUAUCCAGGACGAGCUGGAGAAGAAGCACGUGGCGCUCGUGCAGAGCUACGGACACGACCUGAAGCUCGUGCAGGAGCUCUUCUUGCACUGUCGUGACGCGCCCCCGAUCAGUUGGAACCUGCCGCCCGUGGCCGGCGCUCUCACGUGGUGUCGUGGCCUGGUGGAGCGCAUUGAGCACCCGAUGAAGAAGCUGCGCGAGCUCAACCAGAACGUCAUGGAGCGCGAAGAGGCCAAGGAGGUCUACAAGGUCUACGGCACCAUCAUGGCGUCGCUGCAGGAGUACGAGAACCAGAAGGUGGAGGAGUGGAGUCGCGACGUGGAGGCGUCUUCGCAGGCCAAGCUCAAGUACCCGCUCUUGCUGCGUCACCCGCAGACGCGUUGCCUCCGCGUCAACUUCGACCCAGCGCUCGAGAAGCUGCUGCGCGAGAUCAAGUACCUUCGGCUGCUCAACAUCGAGGUGCCUCAGUCGGCGCUGCAGAUCUCCGCCAAAGAGGAGACCUUCCGCAAGUACCGAGGCGAGCUCAUGUACAUCGUGGAGCCGUACAACGCCAUGAUCGAGGGCAUUCACCCGCUCGAGGAGCCGCUUGUGCGGCGGCACAUCCAGAACAUCGACGCGUGUGCCGGCCGAGGCAUCGAGGAGCUCAACUGGAAGAGCGCGGGCAUCGACUCGUUCAUCGACGAGUGCCGCAAGGCCGUGGAGGGCGCGAACGAGAUCGUGACGAACCUUAAGGACAACCUCAACACGAUCCAGGACACGCUGGGCGCCUGGAACGUGCCUCUGCUGGAGCGCCAGGCCAAGCCCGUGGCCGUGAGCGAGCACGAGCGCCAGCACAAGAGCUACAUCGUGCAGCGGACGCUCAAGAUCCGCGAGGGCGCAGCAGAAAUCCAUCGCCGCCUGAAGCAGUCCAACACGGGCAUCGUCGGCGUCAACAGCGCGCAGUGGAAGGCGUACGUCGACUAUGUCAACAACAUUGUGGUCAACGGGGUGGCCCGCGUCAUUUGCUCGUCGCUGGAGUUCCUGGCCAAGCAGUUAGACCCGAGUGGGGGCAAGGACGGAGGCGGUGAACGAGAGGGGCCCCCUCGAGAAGGAGGCUCCAAGUCGACCAAAGACCAGACCCGCCUGCCCAUGCUGGAGAUCAAGCUGGACCUGAUCGCGAACCGCGUGCAGUUCAAUCCGAGCAUCGGCGAAAACCACGGCAAGGGGCUGAGCGACACCAUCCAGAUGUGGAUCAACUCGUUCUUUAACGUGGCUACUGCCGUCAAGCGCCUCGACUCCGAUGGGGGCGGCUCGUACUUGAAGGAAAUGCACUCGGACAUGACCAUCUCCAUGAUGCUGGCCACGAUCAGCGAGUACCAGGAGGAGAACGAGGCCAUGCUGGCCGCCUUUAAGCGCAAGUACGACGGCUACGGCUACCUGUGGGAGUCGGACAUGGCCGCUCACUUCCAGACCUUCCUGGCCACGGCCACGGUGGCGGGCGCCAACGGAGGCGCAGACAUGCUCGACCUGGAGAAGUUCAACGCCGAGAUCACCAAGUACGAGCAAGUGGCCAGCGAGAUCGAGAACUUGACGACGCCCACGGACAUCGGCUGGCUGCGCGUGAACUCGCAGCCCAUCAAGACGGCCAUGCUCACGUGGGUCAGCAAGUGGAUCUACCAGUACACGACGUACCUGCACCAGCACGUGGUGAACAAGCUCUCGGGAUUGCACGACUUCAUGGAGACUGUGAUCAAAGGGCUGGAAGAGCAGGUCGUGGACAAGAACAAGGACGCUCUGAAGCGCGUCAUGACCCACAUUCGAGACGUCCGCAAACAAAUGGACGCGACGAACGAGCUCUUCGACCCACUGCGAGAGGCGGUUCACCUGCUCAAGCUGCACGGCAUCAACGUGGAGGACACGAAGAUCGGUGACCACGCAGUGCAGGACUACCUGGAGGCUGCCCCCAUGCAGUGGGAGGCUAUUGUGAACAAGACGUUCAAGAAGAAGGAGGAGAUCAUGCCCCUGCAGAUGGCCGAGGUCGAGUCCAUCAAGGAGGAGCUCGAGUCCUUCUUCCUGGACAUGCGCAAGUUCCGCAACGAGUUCCGAACGACUGCUCCGUUCAGCUUCCAGGGAACCCCUAACGAGGCCUACGCGCAGAUGAACAACUUCGCGUCUGCGCUCCACAAGAAGAUGCAGCAGGCUCGGGAGUUCAACGAGAUGGAGGAGCUGUUCGAGCUGCAGGUCUCCAAGUACCAGGAGACGACGGACACGCUGUACGAACUGCAGCAGCUCAAGAAGUGCUGGGAUCUGAAAGACCUGGUGCUGGCCACCUUCGACGACUGGAAGAGCACGCUGUGGGCGAGCAUCCAGACGGACACGUUCGAGGGGUACACGCGCGCGUUCAUGAAGCAACUCAAGAUGGAGGCGACCGAGCACCAGAUCAUCAAAGGCUGGCAGGUCUACAAGGACACGGAGCAGCUCGUGAAGAACAUGUCGACGGUGCUGCCUCUGAUCAACGAUCUCCACUCGGAGGCCAUGCAGGACCGACACUGGAAGGCGCUGUCUAGCAUCUGCCACGUCAAGGCCAUCGAGCCCAAGGACCCCAAGUUCUGCCUGGCCGAUCUACUCAAGCUCAACCUCCACAUGCACGUGGACGACGUGGGGGAGAUCGUGGAGACGGCCAACAAGGAGCAGAAGAUCGAGAAGAAGCUCAAGAUGAUCGAGGAGCUGUGGCAGCGACUCACGCUCGAGUACGUCCCUCACAAGGACUCAGGCACAUUCGUGGUGAAACCCUCCGAGGAAGUGGUGGAGUCGCUCGAGAGCAACCAGCUCGAGCUGCAGACCAUGAUCGGCAUGGGCAAGUUCGUCGAGUUCUUCAAGGACCGCGUGCUGGCGUCGCAGAAGACGCUCGGCCACAUCGAGGAGGUGCUGAAGGAGUGGGUGUCGGUGUCCAAGCAGUGGGCGUCGCUCGAGAGCAUUUUCCUGAGCUCGCCCGAUAUCCGCAACCAGCUCCCAGACGACACGCGCACGUUCGAGUCCAUCGACUCGAACUUCAAGGACCUGAUGAAGAACGCAGUGAUGGAGCCCAACGUAGUGCUGGCCUGCUCCGUGGACAACCGUCUCGAGAGCCUCAAGGAGAUGACGGCAAUGCUGGAGAAGUGUCAGAAGUCGCUGAACGAGUACCUGGACAAGAAGAAGAAGAUCUUCCCGCGCUUCUACUUCGUGUCGAACGUGGCGCUGCUGGAGAUCCUCUCGAAUGGCAACAACCCCAAGAAGAUCAUGCCGUUCCUCGGAGACUGCUACGACUCGCUGUGCAACCUCAUCUUCGAGGACGACUCGCCCAACACGGCGCACACGAUGGUGGCCAAGGACGGCGAGUCCGUCAAACUGCCCAAGAUCUUCGUCAUGGCCGGCGCAGUCGAGAGCUGGCUCAACGAGUUGACGGAGGCCAUGCGCUUCUGUCUGCGUAAGGAGAUGCACGACUCCAUCGAGACUGCGGCCAACUGGGAUGUGGAGAAGCCUCGCCACCAGUGGCUGUUCGACUACCCGGCGCAGGUUGUGUUGAACUCGACGCAGAUCUACUGGACGGAGGAGACGGAGAUGGCGCUCGAGGAGUUCGAGAACGGUCAGGAAGACUCGGUCAAGAGAUACCUGACGGUGUGCAACCAGCGACUGGAGCAGCUUAUUAACCUCGUGCUGGGCAACUUGUCCAGCCCGGAUCGUUGCAAGAUUAUCGCUCUGAUCACGCUGGAUGUGCACUCGCGAGAUGUUGUGAAGAAGCUCGUGGACGAGAAGGUCGAGGGCCCGCUGAGUUUCAUGUGGCAGCAGCAGCUCCGCUUCAUCUGGCGCCAGGAGAACUACGACGUGGAUAUCAGAAUUACGGACUUCCGGUCCAAAUACUCGUACGAGUGGAUUGGCAAUACUGGCCGUCUCGUGAUCACUCCGCUAACGGAUCGAUGUUACAUCACCUUGACCAUGGCGCUGAGACUGUUCCUGGGUGGAGCUCCUGCUGGCCCCGCCGGUACGGGCAAAACGGAGACCACGAAGGAUCUGGCCCGAGCCAUGGCGCUGUGUUGCUACGUGUUCAACUGCUCGGACCAGAUGAACUACCAGACUAUGGCCGAUAUUUUCCGUGGUCUGUGCCAGACUGGUACCUGGGGCUGCUUCGACGAGUUCAACCGCAUCAACAUCGAGGUGCUGAGUGUGGUGGCCACCCAGGUCAAGUGCAUCCAGGACGCCAUCGUGUUCAACGCCGUGCCGGCCAACCGAGAGGCCAAGUACCAGUCGCUGCCUGCAGGAACCCCGCCCGUCGUCGUGGGCGAGUUUGAGUUCAUGGGCGCGUCAGACCGCAUCACGCUCAUCCCGACCUGUGGUUUCUUCAUCACCAUGAAUCCUGGUUACGCCGGACGCACAGAGCUGCCUGAGAACCUCAAGGUGCUCUUCCGCUCGUGUGCCAUGAUCCGACCGGACCUGAAGCCCAUCUGCGAGAACAUGCUCAUGUCCGAAGGCUUCCAGCAGGCGCGCACCCUGGCCAUCAAGUUCGUGACGCUGUACGAGCUCAGCGGCGAGCUGCUGUCCAAGCAGUUCCACUACGACUGGGGCCUCCGCGCUGUCAAGUCUGUGCUUCGUGUCGCUGGUAUCCUCAAGCGAGCUGAGCCCGACGUCGAGGAAGAUAAGGUGCUCAUGCGUGCCCUGCGUGACUUCAACACGCCCAAGAUCCCGCACCACGACACGCCGAUCUUCCUCCGUCUCAUCAACGAUCUGUUCAUCGGCGUCGAGGUGGCCCCCAAGGUCAACAUCGAGCUGCGAGAGAAGGCCGUGACGGUAUGCAAGGCCAACAACCUGCAGCACGACGACUCGUUCAUCCUCAAGAUCUGCCAGCUGCAAGAGCUCAUCGAUGUGCGUCACUCCGUCAUGCUGCUGGGCCCCGCUGGCUGUGCCAAGACCACGACGUGGCAGGCUCUGGCCAAGUGCUGGAACCUUGGCAAGGAGAAGAAGAUCUGCGUGUACGAGACGCUUAACCCGAAGGCCGUCACGUCGGACGAGCUGUACGGCUACAUGACGCUCUCCAAGGACUGGAAGGACGGCGUGUUGUCGAUCAUCAUGCGCGGCAUGGCCAAGAACUACUCGGAGCAGGGCUUCUACGAGAGUCAGACGUACAAGUGGGUGGUGCUGGACGGCGAUAUCGACGCCGUCUGGAUCGAGUCGAUGAACACGGUCAUGGACGACAACAAGGUGCUCACUUUGGUGUCGAAUGAGCGUAUCCCGUUGAGCAGUGCCAUGCGUAUGGUCUUCGAGAUCAACUCGCUCAAGAACGCUACGCCAGCGACGGUCUCUCGAGCCGGAAUCCUCUUCAUCAACGAAAUCGACAUCGGCUGGCGGCCGUUCAUGGAGUCGUGGGUGGCCAAACGGGAGGAGGAAGUCGAGCGCACGUAUCUGCCGGGCCUCUUUGACAAGUACGUGGACCCCAUCUACGACCUCAUGCGCAAGGGCUACAAGCAGGUCGCGCCCGUGCGUCUGAUCAACCAGGUCUCGACCAUUUGCUACCUGCUCGAGGGCCUGCUGGGCAACAUCCCCAUCGAGAAGAAGAACCCGGAGGUGAUUGAGUCGAUCUUCGUCUUCUGCGCAACGUGGGCCUUCGGCGGGCCGCUCAUCGUGGACAAGAGUAUUGACUACCGCAAGAACUUCCACGAGCUCUGGUGCUCCACGUUCACGAACGUCAAGUACCCGAAGGAGGGGCUGUGCUUCGACUACUUCUACAACCUCGAGAGCGGUGAGUUCGAGAGCUGGAGCACGAAAGUGCCCAAAUACACGCCCGGUACCAUCGGCAAUGGCCCGGCCGAUACGCCGUUCAACUCGAUCGUCAUCAGCACCAACGACUCGGUGCGUAUCCGUUUCCUGGUCGAGACCCUCGUGGCCCGCCAGCGGCCAGCGAUGCUCGUCGGCGGUAGCGGCACGGGUAAGACGACGAUCCUCAAGAACUUCCUGCGGGACCUGGACGACGAUAUGCUCUUCUCCAACAUCAACAUGAACUACUACACGGACUCGGCCAAACUGCAGCAGCAGCUCGAGUCGGUGAUCGACAAGCGCUCGGGCCGCAUGUUCGGCCCGCCGGCGACCAAGAAGCUCAUCUACUUCAUCGACGACCUGAACCUGCCGUACAUCGAGACGUACGGCACGCAGAACUCGCUGGCCUUGCUGCGGCAGCACAUGGAUUACAAGACCUUCUUCGACCGACUGGACCUGGGCUUCAGGAAGGAGAUCGUGGACGUGCAGUACCUGUCGGCCAUGAACCCCACGGCUGGCUCAUUCAUCAUCGAUGAGCGGUUGCAGCGCCACUACGCGCUGUUCGCGUGCAUGAUGCCAGGCCGCGAGGAUCUCAAGACCAUCUACAACUCGAUUCUAAAGGGCCACAUGCAGAACUCGGGCUUCGCUCCGACAGUGAUCGCAGUGUGUGAGAACAUCGUCAACGUGUCGAUCCUGCUGCACGAGGAGAUGGUCAACCGCUUCCUCCCGAGCGCCACCAAGUUCGUGUACAACUGGAACAUGCGCGAGCUGUCCAACAUCUUCCAGGGACUCACGCGCUCCAAGGGCGAGUUCUUCCCGACGGCCUACUCGUUCGCGCGGCUGUGGGUGCACGAGUCCACGCGCGUCUUCUGCGACCGUCUCAUCAACGACGAGGACAUUCUCAAGUUCGGCGAGCGCAUCCGUGAGGUGACCAAGAAGGUGUUGCCAGACUUGGACCAAGUAGCGUUAUUCAAUGACCAGCCCCCGCCUCCGCCCGGCUCCGAGGACAGCGCGCCGGUGCCUGUAAACAUCUUCACGACAUUCGCCACUCCAGUGGCCGGGGCCGACAGUGUCUACAUGCCAGUGGCGUCCAUGAAGGCGCUCAACAAGGUGCUGGUGGAGCAGCUGGACGACUACAACUCUAAGUACUCCAUGAUGAACCUCGAGCUGUUCGACAACGCUAUGGAGCACGUGACUCGCAUCUGCCGCAUCAUCGGGAACCCUGGAGGUAAUGCGAUGCUUAUCGGUGUUGGCGGCAGUGGCAAGCAGUCGCUGUCUCGCCUCGCCUCUCACAUCUGCGGCUUUGACGUGCGCCAGCUCUCGGUCACGUCCAACUUCCGCAUUGAAGACUUGAAGGAGAGUCUGGCCGAGAUGUUCAAGAUCGCGGGCGUGCAGGGACUCCCGCUGGUCUUCCUCAUCACGGACUCGCAGAUCGUCAACGAGCGCUUCCUCGUGUACAUCAACGACAUGCUCUCGUCCGGCUGGAUCCCGGACCUGUUCCCCAAGGAGGACCUUGACGGACUGCUGGGGGCUCUGCGUAGUGAGGCCAAGGCGAACGGCAUCCCCGACGCCAUGGACGCGCUCAUGGACUUCCUGCUGCUGCGGAUCCGACUCAACUUCCGCGUCGUCAUGUGCUUCUCGCCCGUUGGCGCCGUCUUCCGUGUGCGCGCUCGUCGCUUCCCGGGUCUCGUGAACUGUACAGUCAUCGACUGGUUCCACCCGUGGCCGCGCGACGCCCUGGUGCGCGUGGCGUCGAGUUUUCUCGAGAAGUUCGAGGACAUCGGGGACAUACAGCUCCAGCGCAACCUGGCCAACCACAUGGCCGACGUGCACAUUUCCGUGACCGACAUGAGCAAGAACUACUUCGAGACCCAGCGCCGCUACAACUACGUGACGCCCAAGAGCUUCCUCGAGCUCAUCAGCUUCUACGAGAUCCUGCUCAAGCAGCGGAAGGAGGACAUCCAGCGGCAGAUUUCUCGCCUAGACGACGGACUGUCGACGCUGCGUAAGACCUCGGCCGAUGUGGCCGAACUGCAGGUGGAUCUCAAGCACACGAUGGUCAAAGUGGCCGAGAAGCAGGCCUCGACCGACCAGCUUCUGGAGCAAAUGGGCCGGGAGAAGGCGGGCGCCGAGGUGCAGCAGGAGAACGCCAACAAGGAGAAGCUCAAGGCCGAAGCGGCCAGUGCAGCCGCCGCAGAGCUCGCAGCUGAGGCCGAGAAGGAGCUGAGUCAGGCCAAGCCGGCCAUGGAUGCCGCCGCUGCCGCUGUGGAUUGUCUGUCCAAGCCUGCUAUCACUGAGCUCAAGAGUCUGCCCAAGCCGCCUGCAGGAGUGGACAACGUGACCAAGGCGUGCCUCAUUCUCGUGGAAAAGGAGUACAAGAACCACAAAUGGGACCGCGCCAAGAAGAUGAUGAACAACGCGGGUGCGUUUCUGGACGCGUUGAAGGACUUCAGAGGCGAGGACAUCCCCGAGGCGGAUAUCGCUCGCAUCGAACCUUUGAUCGCGGACCCUGAGUUCACCGCCGAGAAGAUGGCGUCCAAGAGUUCGGCCGCUGCCAACAUUUGCUCGUGGGUCGUCAACAUCUACACGUUCAACCGCAUCUACGUGCGCGUGAAGCCCCUGAUGGACUCGCUCGAGGCCUCCAAGAAGAAGAAAGAGGAGGCCGAGGAGCAGCUUGCGCGCGCAAUGGGCCAAGUGGCCGAGGUGCAGAAGCGACUGGAAGCGCUCGAGAACACGCUGCGUCAGGCUACGGAGGAGAAGCUCAAGGUGGAGGAGAUGAAGGAGUCGUGCGAGAACCGACUGCUGCUGGCCGGUAAGCUCGUGAAUGGCCUGGCCAGCGAGAACGAGCGUUGGGGUAUCGAGAUCGAGCAGCUCAAGAACUCGGGCGUCAUGGUGGUCGGCAACUCACUGUUGGCCGCUGCCUUCGUGUCGUACAUCGGCGCCUUCGACCAGGCCGUGCGCAAGGAGCUGUGGCAGCAGACCUGGUUCCCAGACCUCGUGGCCAAGGGCAUCCCCAUCAUGGAGGGCAUCGACCCGCUGUCCAUGCUGACGACCGAGGGCAAGAACGCCAAAAUGAUGAGCGAGGGGCUGCCUGCCGAUCGCAUCUCGAUCGAGAACGGCGCCAUCAUCACGAGCUGUAAACGCUGGCCGUUGGUGAUCGACCCACAGUUGCAGGGCAUCAAGUGGCUGCGUGAGAAGGAGAAGGACCGCGGCCUUGUGGUGCUGCAGCUGAGCCAGAACCAGUGGCUGCGCAAGACGGAGACUGCGAUCGUGAAUGGCCACGUGCUUAUCAUUGAGAACAUUGGCGAGGAGAUCGACGCUACGUUGGACCCGGUGCUUGGCCGAGCCGUGUACAAGAAAGGAUCGAACCUGUUCUUGAAGCUGGCGGGCGAGGAAGUGCAGUACGACCCGGGCUUCUUCAUGUAUCUCCAGACGAAGCUGUCGAACCCGCAUUACAAGCCCGAGAUUGCGGCGCAGUGUACGCUCAUCAACUUCAUCGCGACGGAGAGCGGCUUGGAGGACCAACUGCUGGAGAAGGUGGUCAAGAAGGAGCAGCCGGAGCUCGAAGCGCGCAAGCAGGAGCUGGUGCUGGCCUUCCAGAAGUUCAAGAUCGACCUGGUGGAGCUCGAGGAUCAGCUGCUGGAGCGUCUCGCCAACGCCCCCGACGACAUCCUGAGCGACGUGCCUCUGAUCGAGAGUCUGGAGGAGACCAAGAAGAAGGCCACCGAUAUCUCCAUCUCGGUCAAGAAGAACCAGGAGACGGAGAUCGUCAUCAACAACACGCGCGAGCUCUAUCGGCCCGUGGCGGCCGAGGGUGCUAUGCUCUACUUCCUGCUCACGACGCUCAGCGCCAUCGACCACAUGUACCGCUACAGUCUGGACUCGUUCAUCACCUUCUUCUACAACUCAAUCGACCGCGCGCCGCAGAGCGACAAGCAGAGCGAGCGCGUGCUCAACCUGCGUGAAUCAUUGCGGAUCACCAUCUAUACGUGGGUCUCUCGCGGGCUGUUCGAGGCACACAAGCUCAUUUUCCUCUCGCAGCUCACGUUCAACCUCAUGCGUCGAGGCAUCCUGGGCGAAGACGUGCGAGUGCAGGAAGCUUACAUGCAGUUCCUGCUGCGAGGGCCCAAGAAGGCCGCGGCGGGUGGAGGCGAAGAGGAAGCGAACCCCAUUGACUGGUUGCCGCCCGCUCAGUGGAGCGCUAUUAACAUGCUGGCCCUGCUCGAGGAGUUCCAGAAGAUGCCGCAGGACCUAAAGGAGGCGUCCUCGCGCUUCCGUGAAUGGUACAACCACGUUACGCCCGAGUCUGAGAAGCUGCCGCUCGAUUGGGCUGGCCUGGAUCGUACGCCCUUCCUCAAGCUGCUGGUAGUGCGCUGCCUGCGUCCGGAUCGGAUGACGGUGGCCGUGAACGAGUUCGUGCGCCAAGUCCUGCCGAACGGCAGCAACUACUGCGACUGCGACUCGGCUCUCAACGCGCUGCAGGUCAUGGACAACUCGUACUUGGACUCGACGCCCACGACGCCUCUGUACUUCAUCCUGUCUCCUGGCGCUGAUGUGGUGGCCGGCGUGGACAAGCUCAGUGUCAAGUACGGCUUCGAGCGCGGUGUGAGCUACCACAACGUGUCCAUGGGUCAGGGGCAGGACGUGUACGCCAUGGACCGCCUCGAGGUGGCGCACCGCAACGGCCACUGGGUCAUCCUCAACAACAUCCACCUCAUGCCGCGCUGGCUGCUGGCGCUCGAGAAGAAGCUGGACGAGUUUGCGCUCGAAGGCUCGCACAAGAACUUCCGGUUGUUCCUGACUUCGGACCCGUCCAACUCGAUCCCCAUCGGCGUGCUCAACCGCUGUAUCAAGCUGACGAACGAGCCCCCAUCGGGACUCAAGGCCAACUUGAAGCGCGCCUUCGUGAGCUUCCCGAAGGAAUACAUCGAGGAGGCCGAGGGCAAGGUCAAGUCCAUUCUCUUCGGCCUGUGCCACUUCCACGCCGUGCUCAUGGAGCGCAAGAUGUACGGUCCGCUGGGUUUCAACAUGAUGUAUCCGUUCUCUCUCGGCGACCUGCGCGACUCGGCCAUCUGCCUGCAGAACUACCUCGAGAGCUCGGCCGGCGGCAAGAUCCCGUGGGCCGAUCUGCGUUAUAUCUUUGGCGAGAUCAUGUACGGCGGCCACAUUGUGAACGACUUCGACCGGCUGCUGGCCAAUACGUACCUGGACUUCUACAUGCGCGACGAGCUGUUGGACGAGAUGGAGAUGUUCCCGUUCGUUGGCGACGAGAAGGGCCCGUCCUUCAUGUGCCUCGCGCCGUCCUCCUACGACAAGUACCUGGAGCACAUUGAGACGGAGCUCAAGACGGAUUCCCCGUUGGCCUUCGGUCUGCACCCGAACGCCGAGAUCGACUUUCGAACGACUCAGUCGGAGAACCUGUUCCGCACGUUGAUGGAGCUGCAGCCGCGUGACGCCGCCGCGGGAGACGCGGCCAUGAGUCCGUUGGAGCUGGCCAAGCAGGGCCUGGAGAUGGUGCUGUCUCGCAUCGGAGAGAAGAAGUUCGAGUGCGACGAGAUCGCGCGCAACCUCGAAGAGAUGGGGCCGUACCAGAAUGUGUUCAUCCAGGAGUGCGAGGCCAUGAACGGGCUGCUGGCCGAAGUCGUGCGCUCGCUGAACGAGUUGUCGCUGGGUUUCGCGGGCGAGCUCACCAUGUCGGACGCCAUGGAGGCCGUGCAGGAGUCGCUGUUCCUUGACCGCGUGCCCAAGUCGUGGGAGAAGUUGGCCUUCCCGUCGCUGCGUCCGCUUGGGUCGUGGCUCACGAACCUCGAGGCGCGACUGCAGCAGCUGGAGGAGUGGACGCAGAACCCGGCGGACAUCCCGCGCGUCACGUGGCUCUCGGGCAUGAUCAACCCGCAGUCGUUCCUGACCGCCAUCAUGCAGGUCACGGCCCAGAAGAACCAGUGGGAGCUCGACAAGCUCGUGAUCCAGACGGACGUGCUCAAGCGCCGCAACGGUGAAGUAGACGCGCCGUCGCGCGACGGAGCUUACAUCCACGGCCUGUUCCUCAUGGGCGCGCGCUGGGACAUCCAGAACAACACGGUGGAUCGCUCGCACCCCAAGGAAAUGUUCUCGCCCAUGCCCGUCAUCAACUGCAAGGCCGUGGCCGCGGACAAGCUCGACGUCAAGGGAUCGUACGUCUGUCCGUGCUACAAGACGGAGUUCCGGGGCCCCACCUACGUUUUCUCAGCCCAGCUCAAGUCCAAGUCACCGCCUGCGCGUUGGGUGCUAGCGGGCGUCGCUCUUAUCAUGGACAUCGUGUAGAUAUCGUAACCCUGCACUUACUUCAUAGUACUGAUAGUCGUGUCGUCUAGCUUCUCAAUACUACCCACAUUCUUC